UUGUUGGGGCGGUGGAAACGUGGGCACCACCAUUUUGGCAGUAUUCGGCAGACUGGCGCUGUUGGGGUGGAGAAGACAUGGUCGAUAACUGUUGUGCACCAGGUUGCACAAAUAAACGAGGCAAAAAUAAAUGUACGUCGUUCUACCGCAUUCCUAAAGAUGCGGAGAGGCGAGCUAAGUGGAUCAGCGCCAUUAAAAGAGCCAGGAGCAAGCAAAAAAAGACUGAAAAAUGGGACCCCCCGGCUGUAGGAUUCCGCUUGUGUAGCGAUCACUUCAUAUCAGGGAGAAAGAGUGAUAAUCCCUUGAGGCCGGACUUUGUUCCAUCUAUUUUCAACUACGUUCCAUCUCCAGAGAAGAGGAAAAGAGAAAUGAGACUGGAGGUUUUCAACAGACGACAGAGAGCAAAGCUACAGAAGAUAGAGCAGACAAAGCUAUCUGCGAAAGCCAUCCCUCCCAGAGCAUCAACAGAUUGUCCCCAAGACAGCAACAAGGAUCCUACUGCAGAGCAAAGUCCCACCACAGAGCCUUUGAAGGAAUCUACCCAUGAAGAACCUGGAAAUGAUGUCCAGCCUGUUCUCCAUGAGGAGGAUCCAGCAACCCCACCAUGCAGCACUGAAACCUGUGGUAAACGCGUCCAAUCUCUUGAGCAAGAAUGCCAAGCUCUGAGGACUGAAAAUAUGUUGUUGAAGGAAAAAAUGAAUAGGACUACACUGAAUGAGAUGAGCUUGCAUAACAUUUACAUUUACAUUUAGGGCAUUUAGCAGACGCUUUUAUCCAAUGCGACUUACAAUAAGUACAUUUGUCCUAAGAAGUGCAUCAAUAUAUCGCUGUCGGUACAGAAAGGAUGUUCAUAGAACCAAGUACCACAAUCGCUAGGUUAAUCAAUUCCCUGUACGCAUAACGAUGAUAAAAGGGUUCAUACUCUCACCGGUUUAUCAGCAUUUUCCAUUCUCAUGACAAUUUUUCAUAUUGUGGCUCCUUUUCUCAAACUUAAAUCUAGUUUAACAUGUUUUCAGCAGUACAUGUUAACUUUAAUUAAGCUUAGGAUGAACUUGUCCUGAGUUUUUUGGCUUUUUAUUUUGACAUUGACUCAACCACUGUUUCAAAGCUCAUUGUAGACUGGUGCCAAGUCUGGUGUUGUGGCCUGACAGAGAAUACUUAAGAAAAUCUCUUCCAUAUGCAUUUCGAAACAGUAGCUUUUGAAAAGACAGUUUGCAUUAUAGAUUGUUUUGAAAUAUUUCUAGAGAAACCCAGUAGAUUGCUAGCCAGUGCUCAGUGUUACUCAUCAUACAAAUCACACCACACAAUGAAAUAUUUAAUUGCAAUUUGCCCUCGAGGUUCCAUUUGUUUCAUUUCCACUGGAUGGGGAGGUCGCACAAGUGAUAAGUUUAUCACAGAACAAAGUCACUUUUUAUCUCAUUGGCUCCCAGGGGACGUAGUUUUAGCGGACAGAGGUUGUCUGGUUAAAGAGUCCAUUGAGAGAUGCCAAGCUGAAUUAAAAAUUCCAGCAUUUACUCGUGGAAAGAAGCAGUUAGAUCCUGCUGACUUGGAGAACACCAGACGUCUAGCCUCUCUUGGGAUACAUAUUGAAAGAGUGAUAGGAGUUCUCCGUCAAAAGUACACAGUCUUGCAAAGCACUGUCCCCAUAUGUUUCACGGACAUACAGAGAAAAUGAUGUGACCUACCUUGACAAGAUGGUGAGCGUAUGUUGUGCACUUACAAAUGUGUCUGAAUCUGUGGUGUCCUUCCAGUGAUGGGGAUGUACAGUAAAUGUAACUGAUGUGACUGGCUACAGAUGUGCUCAACCAGCAAAUAAAACUUUGUGACUCACACUACUUGCUUGCUUGUUGUG